AUGUGUACAAAAGCUAGGGUUGUCGCUCCGUCGAUCACUCUCGGGCCCAUCUGGUCGCCUCUCCGCCCUCGUUACUCCUUAGUCGACCUCGGACCUCGUCGCCUUCCAUCCGCGUCGCCUUCCAUCCCGCGCACUGCGCCGCUGCCCUUGCCGCCGCCGGUUCCCACGUGCCCUCCUCCACCCUCUCCCCACCUCGCGCCCUUCCCAGGAGCCGCACUACUGCCAGCCUUCGUUCUCGACUGCGCUACCGGCAGAGCAUGUCGCGCGUCGCCGGUUUCACUGCUGCGCCUCUCGUCAUUUGAUUCAUUCCGCGCGCGACGGGCCGUCAUGAGGCUGCGGCGGGGCUCGCUCCGCGGCAGCGGCGCGCGGGCGGGCGGCGACACGCCGCGGUAUCUGGUGAACUCGCUGGCGGUGGCGUUCGUGGUGUCGCUGCUGUUCCUCUACCGCCUGCAGCGCCAGGAGCGCCAGGAGCAACAGCAGCAGCAGCGCGCCGAGCAGCAGCAGCAGCACCCCGCGCUUGAGGUCGCGGGCGGCGGAGGGGGGAGCGGGGGGGAUGUCACAAGCGGCGAUGGUGAGGGGACGAGAGAGUUACGCGUGAGCGACGGUGGGGUGGAUGGUGGCGGAGGUGGCGGGGCGACGGAGAGCGAUGCAGAGGGGGACGAGGGGGGCGGGAGCGGGCAGGGUGGCCGCGAUGGCUCAGCUGGGGGAGGCGGGCGUGAGGGGGGGGGGGAAGGGACGGACGACGAUGGCGGGGAAGGUGGUGGGGCCCGCGAGGUACGUGGGAAAGAGAGCGGGGACUCGUCUGGGGGAGAAGUAGAGUCAAGUGCGGGUGGCAGCACCAAGGUGACUUCAGAGCCCAGCGAUGCUGGUGGUGGCGAUGGUGACGGCGGUGGUGGAAGGGGUGAGGUGAUGGCGGAUGGGAAUGACGGGGAACGCGACAAGGGCUCGAGAGAGGCCGGUGAAGACAGCGGCUCGAGCAGUGUGGCAGAGAGUAGUGAGGGCGAGAGCGAAAGCAGCGGGGAUGGUGGUAAGCGUGGGAGUCUGGCUGAUGGUGAGGAGGAGGGCACGGGAGGCAUGGGGAGCACAGGCGAUGGGGACAGUGAGAAGGGCUUGGGAAUGGGUGAUAAGGACAUGGACAGUGAUGAGGGGCAUGCGGAGGGGCACGCCGCUGCAAAUGAGGUUGAGGCGGGCGGAGCUGGUGGAGGGCAAGGCAAAGGCGUGGGGGGUGGUAAGGAGGCUGAGGAGGAGAGCGAUACUGAAUCUGCUGCUGAGAGGGGAGGGCAGGCGAAGGAGGCGGAGGAGGGGAGUGGCAGUGAGAGCAGUGCAGUGCAUGGCGGUGGCGAUGUGGAAGCUGUAGGUGCGGAGACAGACGCCGGUGUGGUGACGGAGCAAGGGAGGAGUGGCGAUGAGGGUGAUGGUGAUGGUGCGAUUGUUAGUGCCGGCAAGGCGGGCAAGAGUGAGGCGGUGGAGGCAGGUGAUGCAGCGGAGGAAGGGAGGGUGAAGGCCAAGAAGAAGAAGGCUUCGGGCAAGAAGAACAGCAAGAAGGGCAAGAAGCGCAAGAAGAAAAAGAGCAAGAAGGCUAAGGUUGCUGAUGAGUGA